CUUCGGGCAGCGAGUCUUUGUGCUCAGCUUUUUAUUUGCCAUUGCUGAGCGGUGGUAAGCAAGGCUGUAUUUUUUAUAUCCGUUCAAAAUGGGACACGAAUGAAUGCCAUUUGCACGGAUAUAUUUUAUUCUAUGUCGCGCGGAGAGUGAUAGCUUUCGACAAUCUCUUGAAAUCAUCAACUAACAAGGGAGCAAUGCGCGAGUACAAAGUGGUGGUCCUCGGCAGCGGUGGGGUCGGGAAAUCCGCCCUCACUGUUCAGUUUGUGACCGGGACGUUUAUUGAGAAGUACGACCCGACCAUAGAAGAUUUUUACCGCAAAGAAAUCGAGGUGGAUUCCUCACCCUCUGUUCUGGAGAUUCUUGACACUGCUGGUACCGAACAGUUCGCAUCCAUGCGGGACCUUUACAUAAAAAAUGGCCAAGGCUUCAUACUGGUCUACAGUCUUGUCAACCAGCAGAGCUUCCAAGAUAUCAAGCCCAUGAGGGACCAGAUCAUCAGAGUGAAAAGGUACGAGAAGGUCCCAGUGAUCCUGGUGGGGAACAAGGUGGACCUGGAGAGUGAGAGGGAGGUGUCGGCCAGCGAGGGCCAGGCUCUGGCCGAGGAGUGGGGCUGCCCCUUCAUGGAGACCUCGGCCAAGAGCAAAACCAUGGUGGACGAACUGUUCGCCGAGAUCGUUCGGCAGAUGGACUACGCCGCCCAGCCAGACAAGGAUGACCCAUGCUGCUCCUCCUGCAAUAUACAAUAGCCCCAGCGCUUAGGGGACGCCAGGCGGACAGGGGAGAGAGGAAGUCUGCAUACAGGAAGAUAAUACUCACACCAACAACAUGGAUGAUUAAUAAACUCAUGGUAGAACUGUGGUGGAUUUUAACUAAUUGGUGCAUAAAAUCAGUCAUGAUGUAAUUGAUAAUAAUUAUAUGUUAAUAAUUAAUAGAAUGGAAUGAGGAAUGCAAAGCAUUUGCGCAAGAGAAAUUGACAAAACCCCUAAAGGAAAGUGCACUCGCCUUAUGUUAUCCUGUUUUCUCUGGCGGUUAAAAAAAAUAUGUCUUGAGUCGUCCGUGCGGAAUUACAGGUUUUGUAGUCUUUAUGUUUUCUGCGUUCGGCUUCGGUAAUAUGUUUAUUUUACAUUGUUUUGGUUUUGUUGAUAUGACCCAGUUUCUCUGAGCACAUCAAGCUGGAGCGUUCUUUCUCCAUUUUAAGUUACCAUGACAGAACAGAGCGGCAGAUAGCGACUGCACAGACCCAAGAGGAGAUAAUCCCUCUGAUCAACUUGUUUGAAACAUUGAUGAGUAAUUGAUUCGUGUACUAGGUUUACCUGUGCAGGAAAAGAGAGGGCCUACCUACCUUCAUCCAAGGGGACGUUUAUUUUUUUUACUCAUCACUAGGGCAGAACCAAAGAGGUGACUUGAAAGCGCCUCCAUUUUCUUUUCUCUUGUUUCCUUUUUAUUUGUUUUGAGGAAUGGAAAGAAAAUGGUGGAAAAGUCAGUGUCAUUCUUGAAACUUCUUGAAACAAUGUUCUCCUUUUGGAGAUGUUAUGAUAAGUGUAGCAGAGGUGUCUGUCACAUAUCCUGUGAUUUGUUUUGGUUUCAGGAGGUUCUGACAACAGAUUCCUGAAUAUUGUAACAGUUUCAUUCGGAUGGGACAAGGAGGACUUUCAGUGUUUGAAUAUCUCAACAGACUCUGUCUCUAGAAACUGUCUUAUUUUCAGGAAUGGGUAACAUUUAGAAUGAAGAUGCCAUCACUCAUCAUUCUCUACUGAUUGGGUAUCACAAUGAAAUGGGAUGCGACGUUUUCUCAACAUCCCACUCUUUAUGUAUUCAGAGUAUUGAUAUUGAAAUUCAUAGUAGGCUAAUAAUAUUAAUGAUGAUGAUGAUGAUGAAUAACAAUUAUAAUUAACGGUAGUGUAAAUAUUUUGUAUGGAAAGUGCCAGCUCCUAUGAAGACACUGAUUCAACACAUGUGGAAUUGUCAACUGUAUGCAUGGCUAGUAAAUAAAAAAAAAAGGACUUCAUCGUUUGAGAUUAUAAUAGACUGUGGAAACGUGCAAACCAAACACAUAUACGUCUGGGUCUGGACACUGUCUCAAUUGUACGUCGUUGUUGCCACGGGGAACCAGACCUUCCCUGGGUUACCAUUUUCAUUGUUAAUUUUAUAUUUUUUUAUGUGACCAUUUACUCUUUCUCCCUCCCUAAAUGAAUGGUGACACUGUUUCAUUAGGCACCCAAACAAUAAAAGUGUGUUUAACACAAUAUA